GUGACCGUUAAAAUUCUAAAUCCAAAAUGCUGAGGCUAGUGCUACUGACUCUGCUUGCGGCGGCGACUGCUGAAGUUAUUCACGAAGGCACCUGCCCCGAGCUGAAACCGGUGAACAACUUCAACUUGACAGCUUACCAAGGCAUCUGGUAUGAAAUCUCGAAAUUUCCCAACGAAUCUGAGAAGAACGGCAAAUGCUCUUCAGCUGAAUACAAACUGGAAGGUGACGUGGUGAAGGUCAAGAACGUGCAUAUCAUCGACGGCGUCAAGAAGUAUAUAGAAGGGACGGCCAAGCUCACCGACGACGCCAAUAAAGCCGCAAAGCUAACAGUCACUUUUAAGUUUGGAGAAAUAUCACGCGAUGGAUCAGUUCAAGUCUUGGCGACUGACUAUAAUAACUACGCCAUCGCUUACAACUGCAAAUACGAUGACAAGAAAAAGUCUCAUCAAGUGUUCGUCUGGAUCCUCUCUAGAAACAAGAAGCUUGAAGGCGACGCUAAAACUGCUGUCGAUAAUUUCAUCAAGGAACACUCCAAAGAGAUAGACUCUUCGAAACUUGUGCAUACCGAUUUUUCAGAGGAAGCCUGCAAAUUUACCAGCUCCAGCGUGAUAACCGAACACGGAAAACAUUAAGACUGAAAAGAUACUUGAAGCAUUGCGGGGAAUCAAACUGAAUAGUAACCACAGUAUUAAGAUUAACAUAGGUUUUGGUUUUAUUGGUAGAACCUGACUGUAAACUCCAUAGCCAGCCUAUUACUGGUAUGACCAUAUUUUUCGCAAUUUUCCCUAAUGUCAGUUCGGCCUAAAAUUCUUUGCCUUCGUUAAAGACAGAUUUGCGUUUAUGGGACUUUUUAAGAUCGCAAGAAUUUUUUGUUUGGAUUUUUAUCUACCAAUAAAGAACUUUUCACCAAUUUAUUUGAUAGUAAUAAACUAGACAUCGAUGGGUAAUAUCACUCCUACGCAUUUCCAGGAGGGGACUGUUAUUUUAUUUGUUGACGCUAUUGGAACCGGAUCUGCCUUUUCCUUAGCCUCAACAACGAUCGGGGCUUUGUUCUACCAAUAUUACUGAUUUAAACAACACAGCUGUGUAUUUCAAUGAACUCAAGAGUACCUAAUAGUCUUGAUCGAUAUCAUACGGAUCCAAAUGUGUUUGUACGUUGUCAAGAAUUUCAGCAGAUACGUCUAUCUGUUGGAUGAGAAUAAAACUAUUUUCUAGAUCACUCUAGACAUACUCGUAUUAUGUUUAGACGAUAUCUUCGUUGCGUUAAUCGUGACACAUUAUAUAUAUAGUUUAUAUACUUCUACUGUUUAUUUUAUAUACUUUAUAAUAGACUUCUAAGCUUUAUUAAAUUGUGUUUAUGUGAUA